ACAUUUCCUCUUUAAAUAGCUGGAGCCGGGGCCCCGUCGAGAAAUGGCCGCGUCGGCAGAUUUAAGUAAGUCUUCCCCAACACCGAAUGGGAUUCCAUCUUCAGACACAGCCAACGAUGCCAUGGACCCCUUCCAUGCUUGCAGUAUUCUUAAGCAACUCAAAAUAAUGUACGAUGAAGGACAGUUGACAGACAUUGUAGUGGAAGUGGAUCACGGGAAAACAUUUUCCUGUCAUAGAAACGUUCUUGCUGCAAUCAGCCCUUACUUCAGAUCUAUGUUCACUAGCGGCCUUACAGAAAGUACUCAAAAAGAAGUUCGAAUAGUUGGUGUUGAAGCUGAAUCGAUGGAUUUAGUGUUAAACUAUGCCUACACCUCCAAAGUUGUUCUGACAGAGGCCAAUGUUCAAGCCUUGUUCACUGCAGCUAGCAUCUUCCAGAUUCCUUCCAUUCAAGACCAAUGUGCUAAGUAUAUGAUCAGUCAUUUGGACCCACAAAAUUCUAUUGGGGUCUUCAUCUUUGCUGAUCAUUAUGGUCAUCAAGAACUCGGAGAUCGAUCAAAAGAAUACAUCCGUAAAAAGUUUCUAUGUGUCACCAAAGAACAAGAAUUUCUCCAGUUGACAAAAGACCAACUGAUAAGUAUACUUGACAGUGAUGAUUUAAACGUAGACCGAGAAGAGCAUGUUUACGAAAGCAUUGUAAGAUGGUUUGAACAUGAACAGAAUGAAAGAGAAGUGCACCUUCCAGAAAUUUUUGCCAAAUGCAUACGUUUUCCUCUGAUGGAAGAUACUUUUAUAGAGAAAAUUCCACCUCAAUUUGCACAGGCUAUAGCCAAAAGCUAUGUAGAAAAGGGACCAUCCAAUACCAAUGGCUGUACACAGAGACUUGGAAUGACUGCGUCUGAAAUGAUCAUAUGUUUUGACGCUGCCCACAAACACUCAGGAAAGAAGCAAACAGUGCCUUGUCUAGAUAUAGUCACAGGAAGAGUGUUUAAACUAUGCAAACCACCAAAUGACCUAAGAGAAGUGGGGAUUCUUGUGUCACCAGAUAAUGACAUUUACAUUGCCGGAGGGUACAGGCCAAGCAGCAGUGAGGUAUCCAUUGACCAUAAGGCAGAAAAUGAUUUCUGGAUGUAUGACCAUUCCACCAAUAGGUGGCUAUCCAAACCAUCCUUGCUUCGAGCCAGAAUAGGCUGCAAACUGGUGUAUUGCUGUGGUAAGAUGUAUGCAAUUGGAGGUCGUGUUUAUGAAGGCGAUGGGAGAAACUCACUAAAAUCUGUGGAGUGCUACGACAGCAGAGAAAAUCAUUGGACAACUGUUUGCGCAAUGCCUGUUGCAAUGGAGUUUCAUAAUGCUGUGGAGUACAAAGAGAAGAUCUAUGUUUUACAGGGAGAAUUUUUCCUCUUCUAUGAGCCUCAAAAAGACUACUGGGGUUUUUUAACUCCCAUGACUGUGCCUAGAAUCCAGGGCUUAGCAGCUGUAUACAAGGACUCUAUUUACUACAUAGCUGGAACCUGUGGAAAUCAUCAACGUAUGUUUACUGUAGAAGCCUAUGACAUUGAGCUAAAUAAAUGGACUCGUAAGAAGGACUUCCCCUGUGAUGAGUCCAUAAAUCCAUAUCUUAAACUGGUACUUUUCCAGAAUAAACUCCAUUUAUUUGUUCGAGCUACUCAAGUGACUGUUGAAGAACAUGUCUUCAGAACCAGCAGAAAAAAUUCCCUUUACCAAUAUGAUGACAUCACUGACCAAUGGAUGAAAGUGUAUGAGACCCCGGAUCGGCUCUGGGACCUUGGCCGGCAUUUUGAAUGUGCUGUUGCUAAACUCUAUCCUCAGUGUCUUCAGAAAGUACUUUAAUGAGUAGCAGGCCUUAGUGAGCUCACUGGCAUUUCCUACUUGAGGAAACAUAGUCUUACAAUGAUAUAAGAAGUGCUGUCAGUAUUGAAGAAAGCUGAGAGAGUUUACACUCUACAUGGAAAUGGGCGCUCUUAAAGAUUACAAUGUAGGGAGGGAUUUCUUUUCAUCCUUAUAAUGUUUUCAUUUCAUUAAGCAAAAGGUAACAAAGUGCAAUUAUCAGCAUUAUUUUUUUCUGGUAUAAAAGUAAUCAUAUCAUUCUAGAAUUUUGUGAUAAAUAGUCUCUGAGAUACCAGAUGAAUUGACAACUAUGCACUCUCGUAAGAGCAGUUAGGGUAUUAUUGGUUAGAGAUAUCCCAACUAGUUUGAUGUGACUUUUUAUUUUAAAUACGGGUAAAAAUCUGAGGCAAUAUCACUAGGACUUUAGCUGUGACCUCGUCAACACAAGAAGUACUAACUUAGAUCCUCAUUCUUCAUAUAUAUAUAUUGGUGUACCAUUUUCAAAUGUACUGAGAUUUAAAUGUGUUCUGUUAUUAGAGUAGAUGGAAAGAAAAACAAAUCAGUCCCAGAAAGAGCUUUUGGUCUGAUUGUUUCAUAAUUCCCAUGUAACUUUAAGUUAAGCUAAAGUUUUAGAGUAGCAGUUUUCUGUUGAUAAGUUUUUCAAGUGCUAACACUGUCUCAUUUUUAAAAAUUCCGAGAAGGCCUCACAUUCGCAGGUGGCUGGUGCUAGUUUAAGUUAAUUCGUGUGUUUAGCUAGAUAGAUUUAAAAUGUCUGAGCCUAUGCUUUCCUUUUAAAUUGGUAUGUUAGUUUUGCAGCCAUAUAACUUUACCUGUUGAACUCUUGUGAUUUCACAAGAUUCUCUACUUAUGGGAUAGCAAGAUAUGGCCGCUUACUGGUCUAACUGGACUCAAUCUUAGAAUAAUGAGAACAUUAUAUUCAGUUUGCACUAACAUGGGCCAUUUUGUUGCCUGACCUCCUUUUCCAUCCUCUAGCUGUCCAGUCAUUAUCGGUACAAUGAAAGGUAACUUAUUUCUCUUCUGCACAGAGCAUAAUGUGAAGUUGUACACUUACUAUUUUCCAGAAACGUAAAACUCCUGCAGUGGUCUAAUUUAAUGGCUUUUAAGUUACAUAUGACAAUUGAAACCUCAUUUUUUUUCAUUUUUGCACUUAAACAAUGAUGAAUAGUUUUACAUUGAAAACUUUGUUCUAGCUGAAGGUGAUUGAGAAGGAAAAGAGUGAGUGAAUAGAACCAUAGCAUUCUAAAUCACUUUUCAUAUUUAACUGAUGAAUUUCUAACAGUCAGUUAGGAAUAUUAACAUGAAGGACAAAGCAACUCAUUUGUAAUACCUAGGGCAGAUAUUUGGAUCAGUAACUUAUUUUUUACUAUGCCUAGAAUAAUUGAUACAGGAAUAAGUAUAGGCUGGAAUCUGUCCCCAACUAGAACAUUUUGAUUCUCUUAAAGAAAACAAACUGGCAUGGUUUGUGUUAAAAACUCUUGCACCAAUUGUAAUGUGAUACUGUGAAACAAAUUUAAAGCAUUGCCUCUUUACAUCACAUACCUCGUUUUUCAGAAACUUUCCAAACUGCUUGUCCUAGACCUCUACAAGUAGGGAAUGGUUUCUGAAGCAGAAUUUAAAGUGGACAGCAUUUAUAGAAUUAACGUUUUAAAAUCUAGUCUUGGGAAGCUAGAUAUGUGGUUUCUUCUUAUUGGCCUUGAUAGUGUGUCUAUAAUCUCUUUAUAACUUUGUUAACCAAUAACCUAUUUUUUUCUCCCCAGUUCUUUAUCUUCUGUUUUCUUUAUCUUCAUGCUAUUUGGGGGCUAUUUCUGUGAGUUUUUUGAAGCAUCUUUACAGUGUUGCAUUGCAGAGGGGAGGAAAAAAAAUAACUAACUUUUGCAAGAGAUGUUCAUGUAAUUUAUUUUUGAAAGCUUUGUUGAAUAUCUAAGUUUCCUGCCGCUUUUUGACAAUCUUCUGUAUUUAUUUAGAAAAACGUGUUACUUGAAAACAUGACAUAGGACAUUGUGUUAGCAAUUUACAUGUGCCGUAUGAUAUAUAGGAGUACAACAUACUGUGGGUAAUUCUACAGUAGAUUUAUUCUGUUGAUCUGCACAACAGCUGACCCUUUUGCUAUAAUAAUUUAUAUUGAGGGUGUGCUCUAGUAUAGUGUGUUAAAGCCAAGGUUUAGAAUUUGCUACAGGAGUAGAAUAUAUAUGGAAUUUUGUAUGAAGAACUAUUUGUUUAUAUAGCUGGGAUAUUUUGCCACUUUUAAAAUGAUUUCAGAAGUCCUAGAAAACGAAGAUUAGUAAUAUGUGUGGGUAUAUGUUUAGAUAUUUAAGGUACAUUUGCAUAGUUUGAUGAGAAUAUAAGUAAAAGGCACAAUGGGUACUACAGAAUUAGAAUAUAUGUCUACCAUAUGGCAGUCACACUUCACCUUUAUUUUUGCAUUUGAAGAAUAUAUGUAGCACUUUCCUAUAUAUUUUUUACACAUUGAAAACUGGACUUGGUAUAACUUUGCUAUAGGAAAGGAGAAAUUGUAUUCUUUUUUUCCCAUCUUUGUUUUCUGUUAUCCUACAAAGUUGAUGCUUAAGUGUCAAGCUGAUUUCAUUGGUGCAUGAGAAAAAGUGGAUGUGAUCUGCAAGGAAUCAGAUUCCCUAUGUGAAGCAGUUUAAAAUGGCAUUCAACGUUCAGUGCUCAGGUAUGUAGUAAGUACUGUAGUCCUUUGGGGGCAAAUGUGUAGAUAUUUUUAAACAUUUUGCCAUAAUUGCACAAUUUUUUGCAUUUUUACCUGAUGGCAUUGUUUCUUAUAAUAAUAAAACCUUUUCUGAUUGAAAACGUCCAUUGUAAAUUGACCUUUGACUAUUGAGUUUUGCAGAAUUAAAAUUUGGAGGAAAUCAUGAAAUACCUUAUGUCAUGGUGGAAUGGAAUGAGAUUUUAAUCUAGCAAAUAUUUGGCCUCUGGUACAAAAUGAACUAGUUAAUAUCACCUUAUAUAAUGCUCUUUAAAUUCUAAAGCAAGCUCACUUGUAUUGGUAACUCCCCUGUUCCUUUUCUUCUGGCCUAAACUCAUGUUAUUCCACGCCUCUCUCUCACACUUCAUAUCCAAUCCUUCAGGAAAUCCUGCUUCUUCUUUCAAAAUACACCUACACUCUGACCACAUACCACUUGCACCACUGUCAGCCUAGUCUAAACUAGCCUACUUCGUGUGCCUUCUAUCACCCAUGACCCCUUGUAAUCUAUUCUGUUCUCUGCACAGUAGCCAGAGUGAUCCUGUUAAAACGUAAGUCAGAGUACAUCCCUCUUGGGCUCAGACGCC